GAAAGAUACCGAGAUCGAACGAAGCAAACGACAGUAUGGCCGCGACCACUUGCUCCUUUGUCUGAUAGUCGUUGAUAGGUGUCAUACGUCGUACGUCGUAUGUUUCGAGAUGCGAAAUACGGAACACGAUAUACGUCCGACAAGGCGAAUUACGGCGAGGAGAAACUGAUGGAUUAUUUGAGAAUAAUUUUCGAGAGGAUAUUAGAGCAUACUGCCUACACGAAGAUGCGAUAACAAGAAAGAAGAGUACGUGAUCGCAGAUAACGUGGAAGUUACCCACGGGUAGACGGGUGCCUUCCGCGAUGCGGUUUAACAAGCAAGAAUUGUUGACCCUGGCUACGCAACCUUCACAGAAAUUCGAGAAGGAGGGUAUAUUGUAUGUACGCGAACGUCAAGAAGGCUUCUUUCGCAGAACUGAGAGUACAGGUAAAAAAUCUGACAACAAAUAUCAAAAGGGAAAAACACAUAAGACACUACGAGACCUCAGUUGCGUUACAGCCAGUACGAGUAAAGUAAGUUUGGAGAGAUGGUGCAGAUUACGGGGAAACCUAUUGUUUUAUUUCAAAUCACGGGAGCAAUGGUCGGAGCCUUUAGGUGUGAUAAUACUGGAACAAUGUUUUGUUCGCAUGGAACAACCGAGCAAUCAGAUCCCGUAUGGAUUCAGUAUAGUAUUCGACGGAGGUUUAUUCCAAGCGUUAGGUGCAAAUUCGGCCGAGGAGAGGGACAGUUGGUUGCAAGCCCUUCAGCUUGCCAGCUACGAAUGUAUGCGAAGUCAGUUAUUGGCGUUGCAGCAACGCAUAGAAGCGUUCAGUGGGCACAAACACGACACCGACAUCCAAAUGUUACGCUUGCAACGUGGAAUUUCGACAGAUCCUGCCGAAAUACCGAUAUGCGAGAUAUCGUUGGCAUGCGACAACCUCCUUUGCGACGGUCACGGUCGACCACCUAAUCCGGUUCUAGAGGUAGAUGUGCAAGUGAAAAGUUCAAAAACUUGGAUUAAAUAUGCGCGAACAGAGGUAGUAGAGCGAAGCAGCAAUCCCGGCUUUCUAACGACUGUCAGUUUCCGAGCUAGCGACGGGCUAACCACGGAAACCAAAGUGAGGAUAACCGCUUACGAUGUCAGGGAACGCGUGAGUCAAACGGCGACACCGAUUGGAAGCGCGAUCGUGACGUUGAACGCGAUUCAAGAUACACCUAGAUUGAGGAUACCUUUGAAGUCGGCAAAAACAACAACUGUUGGCUUUUUGACGAUCAACGUGUGGAAUUUGGAAGCGGAAGACAGAGGGAACAGUACAGAAAGUACCCCAUCCAAGGAACCUUCUUGCGGAAUGAAUCAUCAGGUACUUUCGCACAGACGAUCACAAUCACUACCACCUAGAUUGGGAACCAAAAUCAAGUUGCCGCAUCAAGGACAACUCAAGCUUCUCUUUGCUAAUCCAUACAUACAAACAUACAGGUUUCACUCUGGUUUAGGCGGCGAUAUUUGUGUACACGAAAUCAUGGCAGAGAGUAAACUUUGUUUCCAAUUCCCACAGCAUUUACUUGCAAUUUGGAUUCAAGAAGAGAAAGAACUGCUGCAAGAAGUAGCCGGCAUGGGUGAACUACGAGAGCCCUGGCAUACAAAGCAAAUCGAAUUGCUUGAUCGCCAUCUUCAUCUUUUACAUCUUUAUUCACAAGCUAAAGAGAAUUUGGCCGCGUUCAAAGGAAGUUAUUUCAAGCGAUCGUCGCGCAGAAACGAUAGGACGCUCGAAUUUGCACCUGUCAACUUACACCUUCAAAGAAUGUGGGUGCAUAACGAUACGUUAAACAGAUGCGGAUUUUAUGACUUUAUCACUGUCGGAGCAUUCACUGCGCAUUCGCAUAAAAGUAAAAACGGCGGACUCAUUAGGUUGCUGCAAGCGCUAAAAGAAUCGCCAACGCGUGGCAAUCAGUUGUAUCAAGGAACAUCGAAGAUAACGAUGGCACACGAUGCUAUUCAAGCAAUUAAGCAACUCCGGCGAGACGUUGUCGACGCUAUGCGUGCUUUGAUGAAACUCGCGAAAGACAAACAAACCAGUGGAAUGUUACCAAUUUGCGAAGAUAUGAUCACAAAGACCAGAAUUUUGCUCAGUCUGUGGGAUCCUGGCUUGGUCGAAGAAGCAUUAACUUUUUUAGAGGAAUACAAAGUAGCCAAGGUUCAUGAAACUUCGAACGAAAACUCUCUGAAUUUAGACUUUAAAACGAACCAAUCAUUGUCUCCUUUUAAGAGAAUUACGCAACAGUUGAACUUUGACUUGAAAAGUCCGGACUUUGACGAUUUCGUUACACCCGAUACUCCGGAAUGUGUGAGAGAUCUGUGGACAAAAGAGAACGAGAAAAACGGUUAUACGGCCUCGUUUCCCUCGAAAAACGAACACGUUCAUGUGAACCAUCACGUUAACACCACUAAUCAAGAUAACGUUACCGAUGGAAAGGACGAAGAAAAUUUUGUUAUUUUUCCAGAUGUCGAAAACGAUGCUAAAAAUUCGGAAAUUAUCGAAACUUGCGCAGAAACGUCGACCAGUGAAAACGUCAACGUCGACGCCGAUGACAUCAACGACAGUGGGAACAAUCCCGUCGUUAGCGAUACUAUCUCGGCUACAAAUGCUAGCAAAUGCGAGGACAACGAGGAACGAGAGGCGGAUAUCAAAGGCGACAUUGAUCCAUGCAAACGGUUCCUAGAUACUCAAAAGAUGUGCAAUUCACCGUCUGCUAAUUAUUACAAACCUACUGACGAACCCGAGCCGUGGGAUCUGACCCAAUUAAAUAUCGAGGCGAGUGUAAUGUGUUUAGUCUCGAAAGUUAAGUUUCUUUGUGGAAGAUGUAGUAGUCCGGCUGUACGACUGCGGAAUAAAAAUAUCGUAGGCAGAUCGCAUAGCUUGAAAGGAUGCGCUCCGACUAAUCGUAGCAAAACUGUUCAUGUUGUGACGAUUCAACCGAAAAACGACAUUAAGAAUAACGACGAAUCGAGCAAGUUACUCGAUGCAUCUGUGGAAAAUCGUUCGAAUUUUCGACAACAACCGAGUCCAGGUUCGGAGAAGAUACCAGCCUUUUCUAAAGCCAAAGAAGUGUGCCAAGCUGUCGACUCGAUGACGCGAAUGAUUAAAAGCAAUUCGGGACAAAGGAACAAAUUCACCGAAGGCUUAGAUUUUGCCUCAAUCGUCGAUUGGACUAGCGAGCUCAGGCCGAGUAUGAAAAAAUUACGCCAAGCUAUGGAUGGAUUGCUGAAAACUGCUCGAUUGACGCAUUCGGUAUUUAGAGUGCAAGAGGAUCCGAAAAUGGCUCAACGCGCUUGUAACGUUCGGUACAGGCGAGACGUAUGCUUUAGUCAAGCGUUGACUAGCUUGGUAUCGGGAUUGAUGGCAAAGCUUUGGUGCCAAAGACCCGAUCCCAUGUUUCUUCUAAUCUUGACCACCCUUGGUCCUUUGGUCUCGUUCGAGGGACUUGUCAGUUAUUACGGAGACGAGAUAGAUAUGUGGGGAGACAUGACUGUAGCGGUAGAAGAUAUGCAUACCGUAACUUUCACGCUGACUAGGUGUGGAAUCGAACCGAGGUUCGAGGGAAAUUGUAACGCUCCGUUUCAACAACCACUACCAAGAGUACUCGGUUCUCGAACAGCACUAACAGUGGUACUUCCUGUGCCGGAUGCGAUCUAUUCUCUGCUGCCGUUGGUUCCUUCUUCUAGGCAAACGAUUUCCUUCAAUGUUACCCCGGUCUUCUUUAACGUCGGUAUUAACGAAAUGGCUUCCCUGGCGGAGAGUCUCGGAACUACGAAACCACAGGAAAAAAGCAAUAUGGAUAAUUUCGAAAGACUGAACGAGUAUUAUUUGCGUUUCAAGAAGCUGAAUUUGCCAACGGAAACGUCGUCAAAACGACUUGGCGCAAGAUCGCCGCUCGGCCAAACGUUAGCAGAACUGAUGACGAAUCUAAAGACAAGUGUCCAGGCCAAAGUAAACAAAAACGUGGAGGUGUUACAAUUAUCCUCACAAAUUUGUCGAAGAAUGCGCGGUUUGAGGUUUACCAGCUGCAAAAGCGCAAAGGAUCGCACCGGGAUGUCGGUAACACUGGAGCAAGUGAACAUCUUGACUGCCGAAUAUCAUCUGGCCGAACACGAAUACAUCAGAGCGCUCGACUGUAUGCGAAGCGAAGGAUGUCGACGGGAAAACACGUGGAAAAAUAUCGGAAUUCGGAAAUACGCGUUCAAUAGCUUGCAGAUCCUCACAUUUCCGAAACUGUAUCGGCCACCGACAGGAACUUAUGGAUCCGCACAAACUUAAAAAUUUAAUUCGUAACAAAGCACGAUUUUGCCACAAUACACACGAUGUCAAUGUGCGAUCGAACUUGAGUAGAAUGAUUAUGAAAAAGAAAAAGUUGUUAUGCGUGUGCGUGUACGACUGUGUGUGCGUGAUCGAUUCAUCAUAGAAACGAAAGAGAGUGCCAUUUUAUUUAAUACUAUCGCGUGUUAGCAUAGAGAUCGUGAAAUUUUGAAAUGAUGUAUUUUUAUUAUUUCUGUACAUAGAAUUUUACCAUAGGUAAGGAUAUACUCGUAUAUAAAAAACGGUGAAACAGUAUAUAUAUAAAAAUUUUAUCGAAAUUCA